UAUUGACUGUGAGGUCGCGGACCCUGCUUGAUUUACGUAGACGGUUUCGCAUAAAUGCUUGUUUUUACACGACUUUCUUCACCCUCUUGCUGUUUGUUUUUUUUUUCUUCGUUCCGGAGUUUGUAAAGUUUUAAGAAAGCAUCUCUUCAGACGAAAACCCAGGCAAUGUACUUGCACGCAUUCUUGAGGAGACUUGUUUUUCUGCUGGUCUGUGCAUUGGCUUGGUACCUGGGACAACUGGUUGCAAACGUUUUGCCCCCAGAGGCCUUGUCAUUAGCAGCUAGUAGCAUUCAUAGUGUUUUGGAGCGACCUGUGUUGAGAGCACCACCUCCUAAACGGCAGAAGUGCGAUCAUUGGACACCUUGCCCUCCAGAACAUUUUGCCUAUCGGAUACUAAGUGGUGCAAAUACCAUGAAGCAUCCCAAAAUCUGUUUUGAAGAUGAACUCCUAAUGGGGGAGGAGAAAGGUAACACAGGAAGAGGAAUGAAUGUUGCAAUAGUCAAUGCAAUAUCUGGUAAAUUUCUUAAUGCAGAAAGCUUUGACAUGUGGGAAGGAGAUUUUGCUGGAAAAAUGCUUCAAUUUAUGAAGGAUAUCCCACAAAAUUCCAUUGUCUUGAUGGCAACCCAUGAUGAAGGAAGUACCAGGCUAUCCAGUGAUAUUAAGACAGAGAUUACCAAUCUUGGCAGUAAGGAGAUUCAGAAGAUUGCUUUUCGAUCAAAUUGGGUAUUUAUAGGAGCAAAAGGAUUUGUGCUUCCUACUAACAUCAGAUCAGAACAGAUAAAUCAUUCUGACCAAGCAAAAAACAGGUAUAGUGGCUGGCCAGCAGAAGUCCAAAUAGAAGGCUGCAUUCCAAGGAUAUAUCAGCGAAGUUAAUAUUGUGGUAAUUCUGAUUCAGUAAGGUUAGAAAAACACUGUUAAUAUUCCAGAUGCUACAUGAAUUUGCCUUUACGAAGGGUGAAACGGCACUGCUAUGCAGACUUUGGCCCUCACCAAACUCAGGAAUUCAUGUUUAAAUGUGUAUCUGUUAUAUGGAUCAGAGCUUGAAAUUGUUCAGAAGUAAAUGAAGACGUACAAUAUAUUGUAACUGUUCAUAUCAUAAAUCAUCUGACUUUCAACAACGUUUUGGUGUUUAUAUACAAUAUGGUGUAUCCAAGAUUGUGUUGAACAUAAGUGUCUAAAAUAAUUAACAGAUAAACUCGUGGGUACUGUUCACAUAGCACAAGAGUAGACAAUCUGUAUUUACAUUUCAAAAAAUUCAGCCAUUGUCAAUUAAAAAAAUAUUACCUCACUGAUUCCUACAUAUUUGUUUUUCUUGGAUGUCAAAGUAAAACUGAGAUACAACAUUUUGCUCAAAAUAUUUGAUUUGUGCAAAGUGUCCAAGGCUGUCAUGGAUAUAACUGGGUCAACAAGUAAUUAGUACAUCAAUAAUAGUCAUUGGUAGAGGAAAUGCCAAAACUGGAACCAUUCAGCCAAACCCAGCUGUGGAUUAUAUACUUCAUAUACAGUGCCUAGAAAAUGUAUUCAGCCCCGUCACCUUUUUCCACAUAAAUGAUUUCUAAAAUCCUUGGAUUUUUGAUUAGAUUUUUUAUUUAUAAGUUAAACACUUUUUCACAGUGCUGUCAAAAAAAGAAAGAAAACUGCAAGCAUUAAAAAUUGAAUUUCAAAAACUGAAUUGACAACAGUUUGUAAGAAUUCAUCACCUUGUUCAGUUAUUGGUUGUACCACAGCUCACACCUAUAACAGUUAGUAGUCUUUUUGGACAAGUCUCUAUUAUGUUUACACAUGAUAUAGCGAGAUUUGUCCAUUUCAAUCUGUGCUAGGUAAGUUGGGGAGUGGAGAUGGACAGCAAUGUUUAGGUCUUACCGCAGAUGUUUGAUGGGGUUCAGGCCAGGACGCUGACUGGGACACUCAAACAAAUUGGGUUUCCUCAUUAAAAGCCACUCCCUUAUUGCAGUGGCAGUUUACUUUGGGUCAUUGUCGUACUGAAAGACAAAGUUCCUCUCUAGUUUACAAUUUCUGGUAAGUCUUCCUUCAGGAUUUGUCUGUAUUCUGUAUAGCAUGUUUCUCCCCAUCAGUCCUCACCAGAGUGCAACUCUCAGCUGCUGCUGCUGAAAAGUGUCCCUACAACAUGAUGCUGUCAGCUGGCUGAUGUGCAGUGUUAGAUUUACACCACACAUACUGACUUAGUGUUAAAGCCAAAAAGUUCCACUUUAAUCUCAUCAGAACCCAAGACCACACCUUUGCAACAUCUCUGAUGUAACGUUUUGCCAGUUUGUCGUCUUUUCAUUUUUGGCAUUCUUACAAAAAAAGAGCCCUUUUUGUGCAGUGCCUUGGAGGUUGUUGAGCUGUGAACAUCCUCUUCAGCUACAGUCACUUACUUCUGUAAUUUAGUCAGUGACCGCAGGCAUUAAAGUAUGUUCUCUGACGAGUGUCGUUCUUCUUCAGCAGCUAAAUUUAGAGGAGUAAGGUUGUGUGGAUGUAGUUUAACAUUUUCCACUUUCAUAUCAUGGACUCUUUCCCCGAUCUGUGCUUCUUUAAAAUGAUAUGGCUGAUUUGCUCAGUUGUCUUCAUUUUGGUUUGUUGUAUGGAAAAUCUCUACCAUACUACUGGACCUCAGCAAUAGAAGGUGUAGUUAUCGUCAGAAAUUAAUUUAGAAUAGCUGAUCAUGCCAUUGAUGGUGUCCUGUUGUGCCAGCAAUGAAUUUUGUAGCUUGGUAAGGUAAUAGCAAAGCCUUAUAUUUACAAACGGUAUGAAUACUUUUUAAAUUUCAUAACGAUGAUUUUCUUUUUAAUAAAUUGUUAAUGUUUUCAAUUUGUUUCUGUUGUAAUGGUGCACGCUGUAUUGUAGAUCAGCUAGACAAAUCUGAAUUUGAAUAUGCAAGUUUAGUAUGUGAGACCAUUAAAUGUGAACAUAGUUUUUUGGGUCUGAAUACUUUUUCUAGGCACUCUAUGACCAUAAACAAAUUAUGAAAAGAGAGCUAUAUAACAGUGUGGUUCCGUCCAGGUCAUCAGAUUCCAACCACUAAGAAAACAGUAAUGCUGCCAACAAAAAAUAAACACUUAAGGAAUAUAGAAAUUGACAGCAUGAUAAAGGGCAGUCAGACAUAACAAGCUGCUUCUUGAACUUCACCCUAGAAUUGCUCAUUUUGUUAUUUUCUAGUUUUUCAUUUUUAAUGUUGCACUCCAGAUUUAAAUUAUGUAUUUAAUAUUGUGAGCACAUCUUUUGUGCUUCUUUUGUUUGUUGAUAUGAUUGAUUUUUUUUUUUUAAUUUAUUUUGCUUGAGAAAACUGAAAAUUAAAUAUUUGGAUUAUAAAGGGCACACUGAGACAUAUUCAUAAAAUGUAGUCAUCUGUGAGUACUGGACAUGUUAACCUCAUCAUAUUUUGUGAAUUGCUUUUGUAAGAUCUUGUCCGACCUUUUGAGUUUUUGCUUGUUUUCAUGUUCUAAAGUAUCAGUUUUUUUGUCAGGGCUAACAAACAUAAUGCUUGAGGACUUUUCUUUGUUUAUUACAGUCAUUCUGGGGGGGAAAAGAAAAUCAGUAAUGUUUUUGGCUGGAGAUGGUGUUUGAUUUACUGAAUUACCAAAGAAAUACCAAUCAUAUUUGUUGUACUUAAUAAAUAUUUUAUUUUUCA